CGCUCAUGACGAAUUGAAUCAGCUGUUCGUCAGAAGUGAACCAGCUAGUGAACGGGACGUUUCAAUUAAAUUAACGCUUUAAUAAAAUAAUUGGAAAAAACUUAGACGGACGAACAAAAUAAUUAAAAGAACUGUUAUUAGAUAUAAGUGUAGAUCUAUAUAUUUUACUUUAAACGAAAUAAUAAUUUGAAUAAUUUUAGUUCGUCUGCUUGGCGAUCGAUUUGACAUGGAAAAUUCCACAGUGCCAGAAACAAAGAAAGAUGUUUUAAAGAUGGUGCAUAAGUUUAAAACAACAUUUCAACGACUGUUAAGUAGAGAAAAUCAAAAUGUUAUCGAGACAGAUUACGAAAAGUGUGAAACAAAUACUGAUAUUGAAAAGAAAGUGUUUGGAACACAAAAGGAUUGGAUGAAUUUAUUUGAAGACCCCAGUGAAGAUGCUAAGUGCAACCAGUUUGCUAAACACAUUGAGGAUGGUCUUAAAGAGGCAAGAGAAAAACACUUGAAAUGUGAAAUCUUGAUUCCAUGUGGACUGACAAUGCGUAUAGCACGUGACAUAUUAAUAAUGUCCGAGAGCGAGCCUUGUGGGGUUCGAGGUUGUUCACUCAUCAUUCACCUGCAGGAAAAAUCAAAUUGCACUGAGCUGGUAAAGCUUCAGUAUGACCCUACUACAGUAUCAACAUUUGAAAUUCAUUUAACUUUGCAAGAAGAUACACGACAUGUUGUAAGUGUUAGAAAAAUGAUGAUGCAGCUGACUGGAUGUUUCAAGCACUCCACAUACAAAUCAACACCGAAAAUGUUGUGUUUAGCAUACAAGUUAGAAAAACAGAAGUUAUACAGGGCAAAUUGUUAGCUUUCUUUGAAAGAAUUUAACUACUGCAAUUCAGACUGAUGUGCCAAUUCUUAAAUGAAGCUGUAAUAUUAAUUUACAUGUGAUAUUAAACCAGUAAAACUUAAAUUAUUCUAGUACUACCUAAUAUUAUAUUUCACACAUGAGUUUUGUUUUCCUGAUUUAAUAGCAUGUGUACUUUAAGAAAAUGUUGCAAUAGAGAAAGACACUUUCUUUGAACAAAAUUGUUUUUGUACCUAUUUGUUUAUAUGUACAAACGUUUAUGAAUUUUCUUUCAUCCAUAAUGUGUUCAACAGUUUUCAAGUGGGUUAACUUUAUUGUUUUUCUUCAAAGAAUUUUAAAAAUGUUGUACUGAUCUCCCAACAUGUUUUGACACAAAGCAUUCCACUCAUUGCUUAGCCUAACAAGCUUUAAAAUGUGCUAUUAUUCUUGUCAUUGAUUUAAAAGUUUAACCAGUUGAGAUCAUUUGAUAAUUUUAUUUACUUUUUUUUUUAAUAUUACAAGUUGGAUACUGCUAGCUUCUGUGUACUCUGAUUUAUUUUCUAGAUUAGUUAAUUUUCUAGAUUAGUUUUAUUGUAAUUUGUUUUAAAUGUAUGUAUAUUUAUGUUAUAUUUAAGUUUAAGAUUAUACACACUAAAGUGGAUUACAUUCCAUACAGGUUUUACACUAUGUCUUUCAAGAGCAAAUUGCAAAGAUUCAAUAUAUUCAUAUUUCAUUUUUUCAUGAUUGUUAGUUUGAAUGCAGGCAGUAUAUGUUUUGAUGCAUACCUCUUAAUUUAUUUAUAAUAUAUUUAAUAUAACGCAUUUAGUUUCUUGUGAUCAGGUAAAAGUAAGAAAAGUUUUCCAAAUGAUGUUAAGAAGUAAGGAUAAUAAACUCAAAACAAAUUGAAAUUCAAUUUAAUUAAACUGAAAUAUUAAGUUUAGAAUAAAACAUUUUAUUGUGCUUAUUCAUACUUGUAACUGGAUGACG